CACGGACUUGUCCUCUCUCCGUGAAGCACAUUUCCUUCCUACUCUUUGCCUCUCUUAUCUGGGAGAGUUUUUUCCCCCAAGCAAAGCAUGAACGGUUGUUAAGUGGAAAAUGGAGGCUGAGUUUUGCGUGACGAUUCUAACCUGCUUGAUCCUCGGGAGCCUGGAGGGGUUCCAGAUAGUCCAUGUCCGUAAACAGCAGUGCCUCUCCGUAAAUCAGAAGGUUUCCAUGGCCUCGUGCAAUGGCACCAGCCAGAACCAGCAGUGGCUGUCGACUGCAAACGGGAAGUUCCUCCACAUUAAAUCUGGACUGUGCCUGAGCAUCUCCAACUCCUCAAGGGGUCCUUUCCAACCAGCAGUUGUCACUCCCUGUGACCAGGCACCCCGAUGGACCUGUCAUGAGCAGGAAGGUUUCCUGGAGGUAGAAAACACCUCUCUCUUUCUCAAGAAACAAAACCGUAAGGUUGUGGUCAGGAAGAUCAGUAAGUACCUCGAUAGCUGGAUGAAACUGGGCAUCAGCGAGGAGGGGGAACUGGUCAAUGGAAGCCUCUGUCUAAAGCAAGCCGGCCUGGGGACAGAAGUCUCAGUGAGGAUUGCUAGAAACUCAGCUGGUCCCCAGAUCCCCACCACUUUUAACACAGUUCCAUAUAGCCCAGAGCACAUUAGGAAUACCACGGAGACGUUCCACGGGAGCACCGCCGAGACCUACAGUCAAAGCAGCAGCAAGAGAGAACUCCCCAGUCUGCACACAGCUGGAACUACAGACACACCCUGGACUCCACGGACUACUACGCCUCUAUCCAGCACCACCGCAGAGACUGCAGUGGAAGAGCCAGUGAAGUGUAACUUCACAGUGUUGGAGUCUAGGGUCUCCAGCUUGUCAGCGUCUAUCCGGUGGAGGACUUUCGGGUCACCCUGUAACUUUAGCCUCAUCUACAGCAGUGAUACCUCAGGGCCCAUAUGGUGCCACCCCUUUCGGAUAGACAACGUUACCUAUGGAUGUAACCCCAAGGAUUUACAAGCGGGGACCUUUUAUAACUUCAAAAUUGUGUCUCUGGAUGGAAACGAGAAAACGCUGGUCUUACAGACAGAUCCUUUGCUUCCUGCCAGGUUUGAAGUCAACCCUGAGAAGACAGCUUCAACCACCCUGCAGGUUCAGUGGACUCCCUCUUCUGGAAAAGUCACCUGGUAUGAGGUGCAAUUAUUUGAUGGUAACAAUCGAAAGAUACAAGAAGUCCAAGUUCAAGAAAGUAGCACAUGGAACCAAUACACGUUUUUAAACCUCACUGCUGGUAGUAGCUACAAAAUCGCCAUCACAGCUGUUUCUGGAGAAAAACGCUCCGCUCCCAUGUACACCAAUGGGUCAACAGUGCCAUCUCCCGUGGAAGACAUUGGCAUUUCCCCCGAUCCUAACUCUCUCCUAAUUUCCUGGUCUCCUGGUUCUGGGAAUGUGGAUCAAUACAGGCUGGUGCUGAUGGAUAAAGGGACCAUAGUUCAAGACAGUGAUGUGGACAAGAAUAAGACUUCUUCUUUUUUUCAUGGAUUGACCCCUGGCCGCCUCUACAACCUCACUAUUGUCACCAUGGCCUCGGGACUACAAAACUACAGGUGGCAACCAGUGAGGACAGCGCCUAUGGAAGUCUCAGAUCUGAAGGUGACACAUGACGGCAGUUCGACCUCUCUAAAAGUCAAGUGGCAAAAACCUCUUGGAGACGUGGAUGCCUACAACAUUACCCUGUCUCACCAAGGGGCCAUCAAGGAAUCCAAAACAUUAGCGCCUCGCGUCAGCGAAAUUCAAUUUAAAGACUUAGUUCCUGGACGGCUUUACCAAAUUACCAUCAGCUGUGUUUCUGGUGAACUCUCUGCUCAGAAGACAGCAAUGGGCAGGACAGUUCCAGAAAAGGUGAGGAAUCUGGUUUCGUACAACGAGAUCUGGAUGAAGUCCUUCGCGGUGAACUGGACGCCCCCUGCUGGAGACUGGGAGCACUGUCGUAUCCUGCUCUUCAAUGGCUCCUUGGCGCUGCUCAACACCACAGUGGGAAAGGAAGACACACACUAUAUCAUGGAUGGCGUGGAGCUCAUACCAGGAAGACAGUACGAGGUAGAAGUCGUUGUGGAGAGCGGAAAUCUGAGAAAUCCCGAGCGCUGCCGAGGCAGGACAGUCCCCGAGGCCGUCCUCCAGCUCCGCGUCAAGCACACUAACGAAACCUCGCUGGGCAUCACAUGGCAGCCCCCUAGAGGUGAAUGGGAAGAAUACAUCAUUUCACUGAUGGACAGAGAACUCUUGGUCAUCCACAAAUCGCUCCCCAAAGACGCCAAAGAGUUCACUUUUAUAGACCUGAUGCCUGGACGGAGCUACAAGGCUACCAUCACCACUAUGAGUGGAGAUUUAAAACAGUCGUCUUCAAUAAAAGGAAGAACAGUGCCUGCCCAAGUGACUGACUUGUAUGUCACCAACCAAGGCAUGACCAGCAGCCUGUUCACUAACUGGACAAAGGCAUUAGGAGAUGUAGACUUCUACCAAGUUUUACUGAUCCACGAAAACGUAGUCAUCAAAAACGAGAGUGUUUCCGGUGAGACCAGCAGAUACAGCUUCCGGGCUCUGAAAUCCGGCAGCCUCUAUUCGGUGGUGGUGACCACGGUGAGCGGAGGGAUUUCUUCCCGGCAGGUGGUGGCCGAAGGACGAACGGUCCCGUCCAGUGUGAGUGGAGUAACAGUCAACAAUUCAGGCCGAAAUGAUUACCUCAGUGUUUCCUGGCUGCCGGCACCUGGAGACGUGGACAGCUAUGUGGUGACUCUCUCCCAUGAUGGCAAGAUGGUUCAGUCCCUCAUCGUUGCCAAAACUGUCAGCGAGUGUUCCUUCAGCUCCCUCACUCCGGGCCGCCUCUACAACGUGACCAUAACCACCAGGAGCGGCAAUUACGCAAGCCAUUCCUUCAGGGAAGAACGCACAGUGCCUGACAAGGUCCGGGGAAUCAGCGUUAGCAACUCGGCCAGGAGCGACUACUUAAAGGUGUCCUGGGUCCACGCCACUGGAGACUUUGAUCACUAUGAAGUCACCAUCAAAAACAAAAACAGCUUCACUCAAGCCAAAAUCGUUCCCAAGUCAGAAAAUGAGUGUGUAUUUGUUCAGCUCGUCCCUGGACGCCUGUACAGUGUCGCUGUCAGUACAAAAAGUGGACAAUAUGAGGCCAGCGAACAAGGGAACGGGAGAACGAUCCCAGAGCCGGUGAAGGGACUCACACUUCUCAACCGGAGUAUCGAGGAUCUCCAUGUGACUUGGUCAAGAGCCAAUGGGGAUGUUGACCAGUAUGAGGUCCAGCUGCUCUUCAAUGACAUGAAAGUCUUUCCUCCUAUACACCUUGUGAACACUGCGACUGAGUAUCAGUUCACCGCUCUCACACCAGGGCGCCAUUACAAAAUCCUCGUCCUGACCAUCAGUGGUGACGUCCAGCAGUCAGCCUUCAUUGAGGGCCUCACCGUUCCCAGUCCUGUCAAGAAUAUUCACAUCUCUGCCAAUGGAGCCACAGAUAGGUUGAUGGUCACCUGGACCCCCGGCAGUGGGGACAUCGACUCCUAUGUAGUGUCAGCAUUCAGGCAGAACGAGAAGGUGGAGUCGCAGACCAUCCCUAAGCACAUCCUGGAGCACUCGUUCCUCAGGCUGGAGGCCGGAGCCAAAUACAGAAUCUCCAUUGCUUCCAUCAGUGGGUCCCUGAGCAACCAAGUGGAUGCGCUCGGGCAGACAGUUCCAGCGUCUGUCCAGGGAGUUGUUGCAGACAAUGCGUACAGCAGUAACUCCCUAACAGUAAGUUGGCAGAAAGCCGUUGGCGUGGCAGAAAGAUACCGUAUCCUACUUCUGAAUGAGAACGGGAUGCUUUUGAGCAACACCUCAGAGCCGGCUACCUCAAAGCAGCACAAAUUUGAAGACCUAACGCCGGGCAAGAAAUACAAGAUGCAGAUCUUAACUGUCAGCGGAGGCCUCUCUAGCAAAGCAGCCCAGGCUGAAGGCCGAACCGUCCCAGCAGCCGUCACCAAUCUGAGGAUCACAGAGAACUCCACCAGACACCUGUCCUUCGGCUGGACUGCCUCGGAGGGGGAGCUCAGCUGGUACAACAUCUUUCUGUACAACCCAGACAGAACGCUUCGGGAAAGAGCUCAAGUUGACCCGCUCGUCCAGAGCUUCUCUUUCCGGAACUUGCUGCAAGGACGAAUGUACAAGAUGGUGAUUGUUACUCACAGUGGGGAGCUGUCCAAUGAGUCCUUCAUAUUCGGCAGGACAGUCCCAGCUGCCGUGAAUCACCUCAAAGGAUCCAAUCGGAACGCGACAGACAGCCUUUGGUUCAGCUGGAGCCCAGCCUCUGGGGACUUUGACUUCUACGAGCUGAUUCUCUACAACCCCAACGGCACAAAGAAGGAAAGCUGGAAAGACAAGGGCCUGACAGAGUGGCGUUUCCAAGGCCUCAUCCCCGGAAGGAAAUACACACUGUGUGUGGUGACCCACAGUGGGGACCUCAGCAAUAAGGUCAUAGGGGAGGGCAGAACAGCCCCAAGUCCCCCCAGUCUUUUGUCAUUUGCCGAUGUUGCAAACACUUCCUUGGCCAUCACCUGGAAGGGACCCCCAGACUGGACAGACUACAAUGACUUUGAGCUGCAGUGGCUCCCCGGAGACGCACUUACUGUCUUCAACCCCUACAGCAGCAGAAAAUCGGAAGGACGCAUCGUGUAUGGGCUCCGCCCAGGAAGGUCCUAUCAAUUCAGUGUCAGGACUGUCAGUGGCGAUUCCUGGAAAACCUACAGCAAACCAAUCUCUGGGUCUGUGAGGACAAAGCCAGACAAAAUACAAAACCUGCACUGCCGCCCUCAGAACUCCACGGCCAUUGCCUGUUCGUGGAUACCACCUGAUUCUGACUUUGAUGGCUAUAGCAUUGAAUGCCGGAAAAUGGAUACCCAGGAAAUCCAGUUUUCCAGAAAGCUGGAGAAAGAAAAGUCUCUACUCAACAUCAUGAUGUUAGUCCCUCAUAAGCGGUACCUGGUGUCCAUCAAGGUGCAGUCAGCCGGUGUGACCAGCGAGGUGGUUGAAGGCAGCACAAUCACUAUGAUAGACCGCCCCCCUGCACCACCUCCGAAUAUCCGUGUGAAUGAAAAGGACGUGCUGAUCAGCAAAUCUUCCAUCAACUUCACUGUCAACUGCAGCUGGUUCAGCGACAGCAACGGAGCUGUAAAGUACUUCACCGUGGUGGUGAGAGAGGCUGACGGCAUGGAUGAGCUAAAACCAGAACAGCAGCAUCCCCUCCCUUCCUACCUGGAAUACAGGCACAACGCCUCCGUUCGCGUCUACCAGACAAAUUAUUUCGCCAGCAAAUGUGCUGAAAGCCCUGACAGUGGUUCUAAGAGUUUUAACAUUAAGCUUGGAGCAGAGAUGGACAGCCUUGGUGGAAAAUGUGAUCCCAGCCAGCAAAAAUUCUGUGAUGGACCACUGAAGCCGCACACCGCCUACAGAAUCAGCAUCCGGGCUUUUACACAGCUAUUUGAUGAGGACUUGAAAGAGUUCACAAAACCUCUCUAUUCAGACACGUUUUUCUCUUUGCCCAUCACCACUGAGUCAGAGCCCUUGUUUGGAGUUAUUGAAGGUGUGAGUGCCGGUCUGUUUCUCAUUGGCAUGCUGGUCGCCCUAGUCGCCUUCUUCAUCUGCAGACAGAAAGUCAACCACGGCCGGGAAAGGCCGUCCGCCCGCCUGAGCGUGCGGCGGGAUCAGCCUUUGUCUGUGCACUUCAAUCUGGGCCAGAAAGGCAACCGAAAAACUUCUUGCCCCAUAAAGAUAAACCAGUUUGAAGGGCAUUUCAUGAAGCUGCAGGCUGACUCCAACUACCUUCUGUCCAAGGAAUAUGAGGACUUAAAAGAUGUGGGACGAAACCAACCAUGUGACAUUGCCCUCUUGCCUGAGAAUCGAGGGAAAAAUAGAUACAAUAACAUUUUGCCAUAUGACGCCUCGAGAGUGAAGCUAUCCAACGUAGACGAUGACCCGUGCUCUGACUACAUCAAUGCCAGUUACAUCCCCGGUAACAACUUCAGGAGAGAAUAUAUCGCCACUCAGGGCCCACUUCCUGGCACCAAGGACGACUUCUGGAAAAUGGCAUGGGAACAGAACGUUCACAACAUCGUCAUGGUGACCCAGUGUGUUGAGAAAGGCCGAGUAAAGUGUGACCAUUACUGGCCAGCAGACCAGGACCCCCUCUAUUAUGGGGACCUCAUCCUGCAGAUGGUUUCAGAGUCGGUGCUGCCUGAGUGGACCAUCAGGGAAUUUAAGAUAUGCAGUGAGGACCAGUUGGAUGCACACAGACUCAUCCGUCACUUCCACUACACAGUCUGGCCAGACCAUGGAGUCCCAGAGACCACCCAGUCCCUGAUCCAGUUUGUGAGGACUGUCAGGGACUACAUCAACAGAAGCCCAGGGGCUGGGCCCACUGUGGUGCACUGCAGCGCUGGUGUGGGCAGAACCGGGACCUUUGUUGCCUUGGACCGGAUCCUCCAGCAGCUGGACUCCAAGGACUCCGUGGACAUUUAUGGGGCAGUGCAUGACCUAAGACUUCACAGAGUCCACAUGGUGCAGACUGAGUGUCAGUACGUAUAUCUGCAUCAGUGUGUGAGAGACGUCCUCAGAGCAAGGAAGCUGCGGAACGAACAAGAAAACCCCCUGUUUCCGAUCUAUGAAAAUGUGAAUCCGGAGUAUCACAGAGAUGCAAUCUACUCGAGACAUUAAGAGUGCACCUGAAGAUCCCCUGGAUAAAAAGUUUUUCACUGUGUGAUUUUUUUUUUUCAAAAAGAAACCUUGCUUCAUGCCUUGCAGAGGUGCCAGCUGUUUCUGUUGAUACUAUGUAUAAUUUAUUAAUCUGGAGAAUGUUAAAGAAUUUAUGUAAUUUAAGCAUAACAUAUUAUUGUAUAUACUUGUAUUUUGUAGUUUCUCCUGUAAAUAUGUAUUUUUCAUAAUGUUUAAAAUUAAGCUUUAUAUAAUACUAUUUUUGCACACUAAAGUGUCCAUGGCUUGUUCCUACAUAACCCAAUUCAACCUAUAUGACGGGGAAAACUGGUGAAAUGUGUGCCAAGGAGGUUGCAGGGGCAAUCCCUGGAGCUGUUUCUUGCCUGUCUUGAUAUUCACUGGGUAGACAAAAGUCAGAGCUGGAAAGAACAUACCAGAAGGCUAUCUUUGCUGAGCUGUUUUCUUAUGAAUAAAUCCUGGGAUCUA